AUGGAAGCACUAACUCAUUCUGUAGCAAUGAACUCUUUGAUGAACUUUGGAGUGGAUGCUUCUGAAACAGCUCUAUUACUGACGACACUGGAGAAGGUGAACAGCAAAACAAAUGCCAGGGUGGGUCCUCUAUUGAUAACAGACGCAGCAACGUAUUGUGGAACCAGUCUGAAUGAUCAAGUCUACCAGGGCCCAGAUCUCACGAACAAGUUGAUAGGAGUGUUAUUGAGAUUUCGUGAAGGCCCCAUAGGCGUUAUGGGUGACAUAGAACAGAUGUUCCAUCAGGUGAGGGUACCUGAGGGUGAUCGAGACUAUCUAAGUAAGGUUUUGUGGUUCUCAGAUAGUGGAAACAUUCAACCAGAUGUUUACCGCAUGACUGUGCACUUAUUUGGAGGGGUGUGGAGCCCAAGUUGUGCGAGUUAUGCACUUAGACGCACUGCAGAGGAUAAUAGUGCAACCUAUGACCCUAAGGUUGUGCAGACUGUUCUUGAAAACUUCUACGUAGAUGAUUGUCUCAAGUCAUUAAUGACAGAAACUGAAACAAUUAAACACGUUCAAGAUUUGUGUGCUCUUGUAUCGCAUGGUGGUUUCAACUUGAACAAGUGGAUAAGCAACAGCAGAGAAGUGCUUCAAUCCAUUCCUGAAGAACAGAGAGCAAAGGGGGUUAAAGGAGUUCACCUAAUUGGAGGUAGAUUACCUCAAGAAAGAGCUCUAGGAGUUCUUUGGUACACUGAGAACGAUGAGUUUAGUUUCAGGAUUAACAUAAAGAAUAAACCAAACACAAGAAGAGGAUUAAUGAGCAUGAUUGCGUCAGUGUAUGAUCCACUGGGGUUCGUUAGUCCAUAUAUCCUGAAAGCAAAGAAGGUAUUCCACAGUGAAUCAAGACUGCGUAAAGGCUGGGAUGAAAUCUUGAAUCAAACAAACAUUGAGAAAUGGACAAAGUGGACAGAAGACUUGCCAAAGCUGGAGAACUUUAAGUUGUCCCGAAGUGUGAUCACUUAUGCGUCAGAAGAUGUUGACUAUGAAUUGCAUCAUUUCUCAGAUGCUUCCUCUGAGGGAUAUGGUGCUGUGUCAUACCUGAGAGUAGUGAAGAAUGAUGGACCAUUUCAAUGUUUUUUUGCUAAUCAGCAAGUCCAGGCUGGCACCAUUGAAGAAAAUGACCAUACCACGUUUGAAUUGUCAGCUGCAGUCAUUGCAGUAAAGUUGGACGUGAUGCUUCGUCAGGAGCUGAAGGUCAAAAUUAGCAGAUCGGUAUUCUGGAGACAGACAGUACAAUUUGUGAUACACUACAUCAGGAAUGAAAAUAAACGUUUUCAUGUUUUCAAAGCAAACAGGAUAGCUCUUAUCCAUGAGAGUUCGAAGCCAAACCAAUGGAGACAUGUGGGCAGUGCAGAAAACCCCCUGCUGAUGAUGUGUCACGAGGGCUGGAUGCCGACCAAAUGGUGUCUUCUGAGAGAUGGAAACAUGGUCCUGGGUUUCUGCUUCAGUCAGAGUCUGAAUGACCAACGAAUGUCAGUCUCAGUCUAG